AUGCAAUUGACAAUCAUUCUCAUAGUACUUAUUGGCUUUGUUUCAACUCAAGUACCAAUUCCAUCACGUCCAGAUGGAUAUGGUGUUGGUGGACCAGCAGAUGCUCAUGUUGUUAUUGAUAUGUUUUUAGAUCCACUUUCUUCUCAAGGUUUACAUGUUAUUGCUAAUGUAACUAAUCGAAAUUUAGAUGCUAUAUAUUUAUACACAACAAAAGUAUUUGAAAAUCAAACAACAUGGUAUAAUGAUGCAACAAAAUCUAUGACUAUACCACAAGUUAUUGAUUCACUUGCUACAUUUGUAAAUCAAAUUGGUUUAGUAUCAAAAGAUAAAUUUAUGGUUGGAAUGAUGAGUGAUGAUAUUAAUGAUGAAACACGUAUUUCAUGGAAAUAUGCUUGUUCAAGAGGUGUUGUUGGUACACCUACAUUUCUUAUAAAUGGUGUGAUCACAAGUGCUGGUCCAUCAUGGUCAUUAUCAGACUGGAAAUCUGUUAUAGAUACAAUUUUAGCAACAAAUGAAAAUACUUCAUCAAACGUCAAAGAUUGUCCUACUGGUCAAAGUGAAUGCAAUUAUGCUCCACAUAAAAGUCAAUGUUGUUUAGCUGGUGAACGAUGUAUUGCAAAUGUUGGUUGUCGAUGUUAA